GUCUCCGCCGCCGCGACCACCGCUUCCUGCAGCAGCCGCUUGUGGAACUGUGUUGCUGGAUAUGCCUCGAACAUCUGUGAAAAAAUCAGAUCCCAAAAUGGAAAGCAGAAGACCGCCACCUUUCAGGCCAAAGUCGAGAACAGAGAGUAGUGGGAGUGGAGGCAGGACAGAUGGUGGUCGGUUAAGAGGAGACGGCGGCGGAGGCAGCAGCGAUGAAGACUCUAGAGACCUUCGACAGCGUCUCCAAGAAGAAGCUUCGAUCUACAGAAGGCGUCUAGAUACAUACCGGCAGGCACAACAGAAUCAAGCCGCCCUCGUUAGUAGGUUACAAGCAAAGGUUCUACAAUACAAAAAAAGAUGUGCAGACCUCGAAACUCAAAUGGCCCACACACAAGCUUACCAAGAACAACCUUCAUCUCUGACUCCAACUUACCCCUUGACGAGUCAUGCUCCAAGUACACCAUACGAACAAGCUCAGCAACAUUUGAGAGAAAUGAGAGAAGAAAGAAUAAGCGAUUUAGAGACUGCUCUACAAAGGUUGCAGGAAGAACGUAGAAAAACAGAAAAACUGAUGCAGCUGAACACCUCCCUGAGGGAACAACUGGAAGAAUCUCACAGUACCAACGAGGCCCUCACGGCUGACCUGCAGAAGCUCACGAACGACUGGGAAAAUUUGAGAGAAGAAAUGAUCAUAAAGGAAGACGAAUGGAAAGACGAGGAGCAAGCGUUCAACGACUACUAUAGCACCGAACACAACAGACUUCUGAACCUUUGGAGGGAUGUUGUCGGAAUCAAAAGACUGUUUACCGAUAUUCAAACAAAUACUGAAAGAGACCUGAAUAAAAUUAAGGCGGACGUCUCGGGAGUGGGCAAGGAGAUGAUCAUGGCGUGCAGCAGGAUGGAUACCAAUUUGUUUACGGAAACAAUGUUUGGUGGAAAAGAAAAACACGAAUUAGAACAAGAAACGGCCGAACUCCGAGUCCAGUUGGAAUCUUUGAAAGCUCAAAAUGUUAGUCGUCAGACUGAAAUAGAUUCGAAAGACGACAAAAUUCAACAAUUGCUCAGGGAUUUACAAAUUAUGGUAAGAUAUGAAUCAUUUGAUGAAUUAUCACCAAAGAGAUCAGCUCGCAGUAUGACUUCCCCAGCAGCUUUUGCUGAGAGUACGAUAUCAGCUGUGCAAGCUGCUCUUCACAAAUAUCAAUCAUUCAUUCAUGAACUACAGGUGAAACUCCAAUCUAAUAAGGAGCAACUUUUGUUAGUUCGAAAACAAUUCGAAAACUCCGAGGACACGGUAUCCGCCCUGGAAAAUCGCAUAAAAGAACUAGUCGCACAACUGGACACGAGCCACGCCCAAUGUUCGCAACUAUCCCAAGACAAAGAAAUGAUACAGAAAUCGCUAGAGGCCUUGAAAACGGAGAAAAAUCAGUUGGACCGAAACCGCCUGGAAGUGAACGCCAUGGUCGAAUCUCUGAACCAAGAUUACGACAGGCUCCAUAAGGCCAACAACAAAAUGCAGAAAGAACUGGACUCCGCUCACGACGAAAAGAUAUUUUUGCAAUCGGAGAUAGAGAGACUGAAUCAGGAAGCUGAUUUGAGAGAAAUCUCUCUCAGAGGCGAAGAAGAUCGAUGCAGCAGAAUGAGAGAAGAACUGUUGACCGUUAGAGAAGAAUUGAAUAAGUUAUAUUUAUCGCACGACAUGUUGGAAGCGCAAAAACUAGAAGCUGACAACCUCAUUGCUAAUUUAGAGAAAACUAAAGCUGACUAUGAAAUGCAUCUAGAUAAAAUUCUGGGUGAGCAAACUGAUGUUCACGAUUCUCUUGUAAAAAAAGAAACAAUUGCUACCAACCUCGAAUUGGACAAGAAAAAGUUAUUGGAUGAUAUAAAAAAGCUAGAAGAAGAAAAACAGGCCUUACAACACCAAUGCAACGAUCAUCAAAGCGAUAUUCAAUCGUUGAGAAAAGAAUUAUUACAGGCGGAGCAACAGAAGCUAGAUCUCGAAUCCGACAAGGUAUCCUUGUCCGAGAAAUGCAAAUUUUUGGACAUUGAGAAAGGAAAGAUUGAAAUGGAACUGAAUCAAGUGACAAGAGAAAGGAACGAUUUGAGUAAUCAGUUGACGGUGCUAAGCAGAAAAAGGGACGCCGUUAAUGAAGAACUCAUGAGAUGUAGACAAAGAUUAGAGCAAGCUAAUGAGACAAAUGCUAGAGUCAACAGAAAUUUGGAAGAUUUAGUUAAAGACUGUGAAGAGAAACAGCUCAUCAUGACCAUCAGGCGCUCCACGAUCGGUUGGAAGCCACAAGAAGAGAACUCGAAGAGGAGAGAGACACUUUAGAGCGGCUCAAACGGGAAGCCAACAGCCGUUUCGAUCAGGAUAGAGUCAACAUCAGCCAGCUGAAGGAAGAAUUGUCCAAAUUCAAGAGCAAACUAGAAGAAGCCAGGACUCGAAACGAAGAGGACGUCAAUAAAUUGGAGCAGAAGAUUGAGGAAAUCAGAACUGAAAGGGACAAUUGUCAGAGCGAAGUGGAAAAUUUGAAGAUCCAGCUCCAUCUGUGCGAAAAUAAAGGAGAAAGUGUCAGUAAUCAAUUGCACGAGACAAUUAGGAAAUUGAAAGAAGCUGAAAACAACUCGGAGUCUUUAAGGAAAGAAUUGACAGAUGUGCGAAGGCUUCUAGCAGAUGGUAAUUUCGAGAAGGAGAAGUAUCAUAAUACCAAUAAAGAACUCAGGGACCACAUUAAGAGAACAGAGAGCGAGAAAAGGGAACAAGCUAGACAACUGGAAGAAGCCUACAAAACAAUUUCAAACCUUGAAGAUAUCAAAGUUAGCCUUGAAAAUGAACGAAACCGACUACAAAACCAAAUAAGGAACUUGGAAACGGAACAACUCCAGAUCGAACACAAAGUACAAAGCAUCCAAGAAGAAUUACAGCGUAGUCAAGCUUCCAACUCCCAACAGCAAUCUGAAGAGAAGGAACUACAAGCUAGACUUUUGAAUGAAGUUGAAGAACGGGAAAGAGCUCACCAAGAAGUACACCAGCUUAGAAAGCAGAUAUCGGAAUUAGAACGUAACUUGGAGCAAACCCGACAAGAACUAAGCAAAACUAGAGCACAUUCGGGUCAGCUGGAAGAGCAAUGGCAUGCCCGAGAGCAGGAUCUUCUAGUGCACUUGGAGGACAGCAAAGCUAGAGAAAAGCGACUCGAAGAUCAGAAGCACAACUUGGAAGUGUGUUUGGUUGAUGCGACACAACAAAUACAAGAAUUGAAGGCCAAACUUGGAGGAGCGGAAGGUAGGGUUAGAGCUCUAGAAACCCAACUGGCUCAAUUGGAAUCCUCAAAGAGGGAUAUAGAGCAAAAAUUGAGCAGCGUUGUUUCAACUCUUCGGCGGAUUGCCGGAGUUCAGCUAGAUGGAUCUGUCACGAUGCCUUAUAGGCUGCUGAGUCCUUCAAGGAGAUGGAGUCCGGCUCGAACAUAUGAAGACGGUCGAGAUGGAUCUAUAGAUAUAGAUCCGGAAGUUGUCCGGAAAGGCGUGAGAAAUUUAAUGCAGCAAGUAGCACAAAUUGAGAGGGAACGAGACGACUACAAAACACAAGUACAAACGAGCAAGAAGCAGCUUCAAGAGGCCCAGGAAAAUCAAAAUAAGGGUGACAAUAAGCUGAGUAAAGUUUUGCAGAACUUGAGGAUUUUACAGGAAGAGAAGAGUAAUUUGGAAGCGAAAUUGAACCAGAAAAAUGUUGAAGUUCAGUCACAAACCCAAGCUCUCGAGAAAAAGAGUGAGGAAGCCAAGCAAAUGAGAGAAAAAGUUGUCAACUUAGAACUCACAUUGAGCAGUGGUAAUGAAGAGAAACAACAAUACGAGGACAAAAUAGAAAAAAUGAGAAUGGCUCUUGAACGACUUGAAUGUGAAAAGCGUAACCUACAAGAAGAACUUAGCAGAACUGAAAGCAGGUCAACCAAACUUGAGCUUCAGCGAAUGUCAGCAGAAGGUGAUUUACAAAGAUUGCAGAUGAUGUUACAAGAAAAAGAUAAUAACAUACAGAAAAUACAAGAAAAAUGCGAGAAACAAAGUCGCACCAUUGCCAGCUUGGAAGAAAGAUGCGUUUCUCUAAAAUCUACCAUCGAUCAGAUGACUCUAUCGCUGGAAAAGGCUUCUGCUAGCGAGUCUGAAUUGAAAUCUGAAUUACAGAGUUUACAGAGAGCAUUGAUGGAAACGACUUCGGCUUCUCAAACGAGCGCUGAAAGAUUUAAACAGUUGCAAAAGCAAUUGGCCAACAGCGAAAACGAACGGCGUGUUAUAACCGAAAGAUUCGAAGCCACUCAACAAAAUCUCGCUGAAAUGAGGAGGAAUAACCAAAUUCUUCAAGAUCAAGUGUCUAGACUCAAUAACGAACUGGCGAACAACGAAGUGCAAAGAUCCGGUUUAGAAUCUCAAUUGAGAUUAGCUCAAUGGCCGACCGACACCACCAUAGCGUCGCACCACGAGGAAGAGCUGAAGAACCAACUUCAUGCGUGUCAACGGGAAAGAAACGAGCUGAGAGCCAAGGUCGACUCUAUGAAUAGUAAGUUACGCCAACUAGAUGCGGAAAAUCGUAACUUAGAAAGAGCCGCGUCCAAGGUACCUGCAGGGGUUAGAAGCAAGUCGUAUGAGCGUGAGCGCCCGGAAAAAUACGAAACAGAAUCCGCCACAAGCGAGAACAGAGAACUGAGAAUGAAAAUUUCGCGUUUGGAAGCAGAAUUAGCCGAAAAAGAUGCAGAAAUCAAUAGACUGAAAAGUCAAAGGCAACCUCUGGAUUCGAAAUUCGACAGAGCCGAAAUCGAGAGAUAUAGAGCGGCUCAACUCCAAGCUGAAAGAUUAUUGGAAGCUAGGGAACAGAGCCAUCGGCAGCAAGUAGCUAGAUUGGAGAACCAGGUAACCCUACUACGAGAACAACUCAACCAGGAAAUCAAACGGAGACAACAGUACGUUCUGAGAAGUACCAAAGCCGGCAGGGAGAUGCAGCAGCUGAGGCAAGCCCUGGGCGAUUCGUUGCGAACAGUAUCUCAGGACCCUUCUUUGGACGCUCUACUUUUAGAGCACGAAGCAAGAAAACUAGAUAACACCUUAUCCAACACUGCCAGUUUGCCACCAGCAUUAGCUUUACCUUCGUCCUCGUAUAGGAGGUCGACGACGCCACAACCAAAGUAGAGAGUUUUGUAGAAAAAAGGUAUUUUUACUUUGUUACCUACAUAUACGUACCGGUUUGUUGACAGUCAAAAAGUUUCCUUUACGUAAUUACGAAUCACUUGAAGUAUAAUUUGCACCAAAGGUUAUAUAUUUAUAGCAUCAACAUUAAUGUAUUUAUUUCAGUGGUAUAGUUUUUGUUUAUAUUGAUAGAAAACACAAAUUCACUGCCAUUUUUAUAUUUCUAGUUCAUCCUUCAGAAUGAAAUAGAUAACAAUUUCAUCAACAUUUAUUACAACUCGAUUAUUUCAAUUUCGUAGUUAGUUCCAAAUAUUAUAUAUAAAGUGUGUAUUUUCUGCUAAGUUGGAUGAAGUAUUUCUUUCUGCUGAUACAAUUUUUAGGUGAAUUUAAUAUUAAGAUCCGUCCAUGUGUUUUUAUAUAUUUGACAAAAUGUAAGAAAGUUAAGCAAUAAAAACUACUAUGACACACCUUA